UCAAAUUUUUUGUAUAUAUAUGCUCUCUUUUUUUAUUUGUUAGAUGAAAGAAAUUUAGCAAAUUUCUGGGUAUUCUUUCAUUUAUCUGGAAUCCCUUCUGAUGCUAAAGAACAAAUUUUUAUGUAAAAAUACGAUGAUAAUGGCUUCAAGUCAUAAUGGGAAUUCGAAAGAGCAAAUUGAGGAAUCCGACGAAAUUUCUCUUCACGUUUCAUCGUCGCGAAAGACGCUUCUAAAUGGUGAAAACCCUCAAAGAAAGUCCUUUAUCAGCUCUAUGUUUCCACCGAGUAGACUCAAGUUUCUUAAUUUAGGUUCUGCAUCCGCUAGUUUCAAGCGUUUAGCUCAAGAAAGAGACGAGGUUUCUCGGUUGGUGGCUUCUUCGAGUGGCCAUGGGAUACGAGAACGUCUGUCCGGGGUUUUCGCCAAGAAGAUCAAUUGGGUUUCUGUCAUGAAAAUGAGCAAGGAAUGGAUAAAGGACCCCAUGAAUAUGGCCCUUUUCGUAUGGAUCCUGUGUGUUGCUAUCUCGGGUGCUAUUUUGUUUCUUGUCAUGACCGGAAUGUUGAACAAGGCACUCCCUAAGAAGUCCCAGAGAGACGCCUGGUUCGAAGUCAACAAUCAAAUUCUCAAUGCUCUGUUUACUCUCAUGUGCUUGUACCAUCACCCUAAGCGAUUUUACCAUCUUGUGCUUCUCUGUAGAUGGAAGCCGGAAGACAUUUCCCGACUUCGAAAGGUAUACUGUAAGAACGGGACUUAUAAGCCCCAUGAGUGGGCACACGUGAUGGUUGUUGUCGUGCUACUCCAUAUAAACUGUUUCGCUCAGUAUGCCCUUUGUAGUCUGAACUGGGGAUUCAAAAGAUCCGAGCGACCUCCGAUUGGUGUCGGGAUAUGUAUAUUGUUUGCAAUAGGUGCACCAGCAUUGGCUGGUCUUUACACCAUUAUUAGCCCUCUUGGGAAGGAUUAUGUUUGUGAAAUGGACGAGGAAGCACAGAAGGCGGUUGACGAUGGUGAAAGUAGGAGAUCGGAGCAGUCGAGACGAAAGUCCUUCGAGAAGCGAUAUUCAUUCGCAUCCGGAGAUGCAGAGCGAAUCGUCGAGAGCAGACCACUCUGGAGUGGAGGGAUUCUAGACUUCUGGGAUGACAUUUCUCUAGCAUAUCUUUCUGUUUUUUGUAGCUGUUGUGUCUUCGGGUGGAACAUGGAGAGACUCGGGUUCGGGAACAUGUAUGUACAUAUCGCCACUUUUCUCCUGUUUUGUAUGGCUCCUUUCUGGAUUUUCAACCUGGCUGCUGUGAAUAUCGAUAACGAGACCGUCAGAGGGGCUCUCGGUUUUACCGGUAUUGUUCUUUGUCUGUUCGGUUUAUGUUACGGUGGCUUCUGGAGGAUUCAAAUGAGGAAGAGAUUCAAUUUGCCGGCGUACAAGUUUUGUUUAGGUAAUCCAGGAGCCGGUGAUUGCACGCUAUGGUUAUUCUGUUGUUGGUGCACUCUUGCUCAGGAAGUUCGCACCGGGAAUUCUUAUGAUAUCGUAGAAGAUAAGUUGUUAAGAAAACAAAUGAACAAUGGUAACAAUCUGCCGAUGUCGCCUUUACCUCGUGAAGGUGGGAAAUUCAGUCCCGGCCCUAGUUCUUCGCCCGGAUACAAUUCCAGCCCGACCACGAGAUUUUCAACCAAUUCUUCAAGUCCCAAAACGAUUUCAAAGGAAUAUUAUAGUCCAGAGCGGCAACUUUCUACAGUGAAAGAAGAGUCUUCAGUAGGAGGCAAAGAUGAAACCAUGAUUCCACCUACUCCGUCGUCAAUACAGAGAGAAGAAACAUAACUGCGUAAAUUUUCCGAGCCUCGGUGUCAUGGUCCGACGAAUCAAUGUUCAUAUUACACACAUGUUCUUUAGAGCAUUGAAAUACAUUAUAUAGUCCCACAUUUUCUCA